AUGGUGGUCGACGCCCCUGCCAAACCGGUGCGCUUCGAGUUCAAAAACUGCUCCUACCGCGUGAAAGUGCGAUCGGAUGGACGGGGCCUGGGAAACACGCCCGCUUGCUGCGUCAAAACCAAGGACCGCUACCUUCUGCGCAACGUCUCUGCGUCGGUUUCGUCGGGCGAGGUCCUCGCCGUGAUGGGCCCGAGCGGCGCGGGCAAGACGACGCUGCUGCGCAUGCUCGCGCUCGAAAAGGGACCCGGCACUCCGUACGGGAAUGUGACUCUCAACGGCCACGCGUUCACGCGCACGGUCUACACGGCGCACGCGGCGUCGGUCGAGCAGGAGGACUCGCUCUGGGCCUUCCUCACCGCGCGCGAGCAGCUCGAGUACGCGGUGCGCCUCUCGCGGCCGGCGCUGCGCUCGGCCGAGCGCGCCGCCGCCGUCGACGAGCUGCUCGGCGCCCUCGGGCUCGAGUCGUGCCAGCACACGCGCGCCGGCAACGCGCUGGUGCGCGGCCUGUCGGGCGGGCAGCGGCGGCGGCUCUCGCUGGCGCUGGCGCUGGCCAAGGAGCCGCUCCUCGUCUUCCUCGACGAGCCCACCUCCGGACUCGACGCCGCCGGCGCCGCCGCCGUCAUGGCGCUGCUCAAGAGCGUCGCGCGCCGCGUCAACGCCGCGAUCCUCUGCACGAUCCACCAGCCCUCGUCGGCCGUCUUUGCCGGCUUCGACAAGACGCUCAUCCUGUCGGGCGGGCGGGCGGCGUACUGCGGGCCGGCGAGCGAGCUGGUCGGCUACCUCGCCUCGAUCGGCCAGCCCGUCCCCGCCAACACCAACCCGGCCGACCACAUGCUGUCGAUCGCAAACGCGGACUUCACCGACGCGAGCCUGGUCGAGGAGAUAAUCGCGCAGUGGAGCUCGAAGCAGCCUCCGCCGCAGACGGAGGAGGCCGACUGCGGCAGCGAGCAGCAGCCGGCGGGCGCGGGCGUGGCGACGCAGUUCGGCGUGCUGCUGCACAAGCACGGCCGGCUCCUGCUGCGCGACCCGAUCAUGUACAGCGCGCGGUGCGUCAUCUUCGUCGUCAUCUCGCUCUUCCUCUCGAUCAUCUACAUCGACACGCGGAGGCGCGACUCGCAGGAGCAGCUCUUUCCUCGGCUGUUCCUCGAGGCGCCGACGAUGGGCGCGCUCCCCGCAGCGGGGGCGUGGUGGAUCUCGAACAUCGCGCCCGCCCUCGGGCUGCUCCCCCUCCUCGCCCAGUUUCUCGACCUCCAGAUCCUCCGGCGCGAGCUGCGGGACGGCAUCUACCACCCGGCCGUGUACGUCGCCGCGCAGACGCUGCUGCAGGCGCCAAUUGGCGGUCGCGCGCUUCACACCCGGAGGCGGGCCGCGUCGCUCCACGCCCUCCCCCCUUGCGUCAUCUUUGCGUUUACGCUCGCCGCCUUCGACUGCCUGGCGCAGGCGUGGUUCCUGGGCCUGCUCAUGAACGGCUUCAUGAUGCCGCCCGAGGACAUCAUCUGGCCGAUCCGCAUCUUUGCGUACGCUCUUCCUCUGCGCUGGCAGAUCCAGGGGUCCACCUACAUCCUCUGGGCGAUGGGCGACCAUACCUACGGCGGGACUGAGCGGUGUGUCUUCAACGCGACCGGCGAGGGCGAGUGUUCGCAGGGCUUCUUCUGCCCGGAUGCCCCGCCCACGUCCUGCUACGGCGAGACGGGGGAGGAGAUCCUCGACAGCUUCGCCGCAAACUACUCGUGCUUCACUUCGGAGAAUACCGUCGCGCUCUGCAUGCUCUACAUCCUCCUCUUCGCCCUCGUCUGCAAACUCGUCUACGCGCUCGCCCUCUCCGCCGUGCGCGGUGGCAAGAUGGUCAAGCCGCCCACAACGCCUCCGUGUCUCGGCUCCGCAGACCCGAGCUCGCCUGCGCACCCGGGCCCCCGGCGGGUGCAGCCCUUCGCGACGAGAUAA